UGCCCACUCACCGAACGCUCAAGGGGUUGGCAGCAUAGCACAGACGCGGGUCCCUCAAGACGCUGACAGUCUUCGAAAUUGCGGGCCAUUGGCAGUGCAAAGCCCGAGCACCAUUAGCACUAUCGGCAGUGGCUCAAAGUAUGUCGAAUCGUUGUGGUCCGGAUAAACACCGUCGGCAGUAUGUUCGGGCAACUGUCCGGCACCCCUCACGGCUCGCUUACUCCGCUUCGCAUUCUUCAUCACUCUUCCGCUUUUCAUGCGCUGGACAUGGCGUGGAUGGCAACAUCGCCUUCGCGACCACCAGAGCCCGUGGAACAUCCCUUGCUUCGGCGCCCUUGCAUCGCACCUCGAGCCGUCACAGAGUGCUGAGCGCCUCUCUCAGACCCUCGCACAAACAAGCUGCACAGAAACAACGCCAGCGUUAAAGUAACGUGAAGAUGA